GACUCUUCGGGUCAUCCAAAAGCAAUAUUCUGCUCUCUGUCUAUUGUAAUUUGCUCUUCUCGAAGAGUUCCCUCAUAAGCUUCUUAAUUUGAACAAAUUAUAAUUUUCUCUAAAAAUGCCUUGCAUAGCUUUUGGACGCUUUGAUGAUUCAUUCAGUUCCGGAUCUAUUAAGGCUUAUGUAGCUGAAUUUAUCUCCACCUUGCUUUUCGUUUUCGCUGGAGUUGGUUCUGCCGUUGCUUACAACAAGUUGACAGCAGGUGCUGCUCUUGAUCCUGCCGGGCUAGUAGCAGUUGCGGUUUGCCAUGGAUUUGCUCUCUUCGUAGCUGUUUCUAUUGGCGCUAACAUCUCCGGCGGUCAUGUGAACCCUGCUGUUACUUUUGGUUUAGCUCUUGGUGGCCAAAUCACAGUUCUUACGGGCCUGUUCUACUGGAUUGCUCAACUUUUGGGCUCCAUUGUUGCUUGCUACCUUCUCAAAUUUGUCACUGGAGGAUUGGUUGUUCCAAUUCACGGUGUGGCAGCUGGUGUAGGAGCUGCUGAAGGAGUUGUGAUGGAAAUUAUUAUCACAUUUGCAUUGGUGUACACAGUGUAUGCUACAGCAGCUGACCCCAAGAAGGGCGCAUUGGGUACAAUUGCACCCAUUGCCAUUGGUUUCAUUGUUGGUGCCAACAUCUUGGCUGCAGGCCCAUUCUCUGGCGGUUCAAUGAACCCAGCCCGAUCUUUUGGGCCCGCAGUAGCCAGUGGCAACUUUGCUGGCAACUGGAUUUACUGGGUUGGACCACUCACGGGUGGUGGCUUGGCUGGUCUAAUCUACAGCAAUGUGUUCAUGAACGACGACCAUGUCCCUCUCUCGAGCGAUUUCUAAGAAAUUGUUUGAAUUUGAUCGUGUUCAGUACCUCAUUGGCUUUUUGUAAUAAAAGGAAGAAAAGCAACAUUUUGCUGUUUUUCUUUCUUUUUUCCUGGUUUAACAUUUUGUCAUGUUUUCUUGCUUAAUUUCUAGCUUUUGUUGUGCAUAUUUGGAUUCAACUUUAAUGAAAUAUUCGAAAUGGUGCACGAA